CAGGUCUGCCGGCGCAGGAAAAGAGCAAGGACUUGUACUGGUUUUAGAUUCUGUCUCCUCUUCCUCUCUGCUUGUUUUCCCUCCUCCCUCCUCCACUCCUGCUGUGCUGAAAAGUCAGUGAGAAAAACUUAUUUUUUUUUUGGUGUAACAGCUUCUGGUCUGCUUGCAGCUCUGUGUUACGGUGGACUGUGCAGCACAGUGCAGCCCUGCUGACCUGAACGCCGACAGGCAGACUGUGGAUUCAGAACCCUCAGAGAGGAGGAAGGGGAGGGAAUCCGAUCUGGACGGAUGCGGACAAAGACAGGACUCUUUGUGCGUCUGUAACAGGCGGGGGAUAACAUUCCUAAGCUGGGAACCGUCCGGGGACAGACGGACGGACACGUGUUGUGGUUGGACUCCAGGGGGGGAGCACUUGAAGGACUUGACAGGACCUGGGUCUCACCGGGACAACUGGGAUCGGACUGGGAGCGUGUUGUGGCUCCAGGACGAACCUCGAGGACAGAAUGUGGCGGACGAUGAAGGCCGAACACUUUGGCUUACUCUGGAGUCUGACUGGACUCAUCAGUACGGCGUUGAUUAAAUUAACAAACUCYAUUUAAAGACACGAUUGUAACGACAAACCUGAUCGUUAACAAGGUUUGAAAAGUGUUUCAGGAUGAAGCAUGCUCUCUYUACAUCCUGUUUUAUGAAUGUAAAACAACAGCAGCUCAUUUCUASUGGAGAGAAAAAUAAAAUUUUCAGGCCACAUUAAAAAAAAAAAACAGAAUUUUCUAAAAUGAAACAGGAAAACCACAUUAGUAACAACUAAAACCAAACCAGAAGACUGUAAAGUACAUUUUUACAGCUGCUAAUAAUUUCACAGAUUUAUUUUUACACACGUUCAGCUCACCGUUUGUUUCAGUUAAUUCCAUUCAGCAGAAAAAAGUAAAGUUUUUUGAGUUUUGUCGCUUAAGGGUCCACGAUUACUCCUGACAGACUUUAUUUGAUGAACAUUUAUUUUAACUGUAAAAUAAAGACUAAAAAUACUG